GAUGUGUGUAAGAGACAUAGGUUAGGAUAGGGGAGAGCAGGACGGGGAGGCUGCUGAGGAACCACCCCGGGCAGUCAUGGUGGAGGUUGGGCCAGGGCGGUGGCCGUGGAGGGAGAUGCGAGGAGAUUCUGCAGUCGGGCAACAGAGCCGACGGGGUUUCCUGCUGCGUCGCCUUUGGCUGUGAGCACAAGUGGGGAGUGAAGGACCAGGUCAGAGCUUCCUUGCCUGAUCAUCUGAGAGAACGGAGGUGGGGAAGCGAGCCCAGCGGGCAGGUUUCGGGGAGAUCAUGAGUUCGGUUUGGACAUGUUGAUGCUGAGAUAUCUGAGGGUGGAGACAUGAUGUGGGUCUGUAGAUGUGAGGGUCUGGAGGACAGGGAAGGGAGCUGGGCUGGAGCUGUCCAAGGUGUGGAGGGUGUGCACUGCUCCAGAGCCUGGCCUGAGGACCCGACCAAGGAGGGAGUCUUAAGAUGAUUUCAGAUGAUGAGGGAGUUGAGGGCUGAGAGUUGGCGGGUAGGGCAUGGGAAGCAGGCGUUGACAUCCCUGAUGCUUCCUCCGGAAAAGAGAUUUGCUGUAGGAGAGAUCCUUCUGCAUCUCUAGGAAGGGAGGCCUUGGUGGGGUGAGGAACUGCCCUUCGGUGGGGCAGUGUGUGUACUGGUGUAGACUCUACACCUGUGGGCUCAGCCGACCCUCAGGACCACUCUCUGUGGAGCAAGGGAAAUGUCCUCCAGGCUGAUGGAGUGGCGGGGUCCCACACAGGACAUGCUUGUCAGCCCUACCCCUCAGGGCCAGUGGGAUGAGCCGCUGUCCGGUCCAGGGCCUCCAACAAGCCCCCUUCUGAGGAUUAAGUAGCAGCAGUUCUUGUCGCUGUGUGGACCAGCGGCUUGUCUGCGUACCCAACCUUUCCCUACAACUGGCCAACGGUCCCAUGGCGGUGGCAGAAAUGCUUAUGGACCCCGUGCAGAGCCGCGUGGUCUUUGAGGACGUGGCCAUACACUUCUCCCAGGAAGAGUGGGGCCUCCUUGAUGGAGCUCAGAGACUCCUGUACCGUGCUGUGAUGAUGGAGAACUUGGCGCUUCUGUCCUCCCUAGGUUGUUGGCAUGGAGCACAGGACGAGGAGGCAUCACAGGUCAGGACUCCAAAGCCAGACUCUUCCGUCCAGGAGGCCCAGUGUGAGAAAGACAUGUUGCCCUUGGCUGAGCAGGAUGGAAUGUACUCUGAUCGGGAACUAUAUAUUUGUGGGGCAAGCCGAAAGGAAUGGAUUGAAGACCAGUUUUCUAGAAGGGAGGAGGGGAGGCCUUCCUCUGCAACGAACGACAGUGUUCACGUGGCAGAGAGUAGCUGCACGUGCUGCAAAGACGGGAAGGACUUUCCGGCCGGCACAGGCCUGCCCCAGCACCUGACCCCUCGCAGUGCAUUGAAACCACACAGGGGCCCCGCGUGCGGGGAGGCCUUUGGAAGCGGACAGAGUGAUUACAAGUGCAUUCAGUGCGGGAAGGCCUUCAGGCAAAAACAGGUACUUGGUGAGCACCAGAAAAUCCACACUGGCGUUAGACCUUACGAGUGCAGCAAAUGUGGGAUGGCCUUCGUUAGAAAGUUCCACCUUGUUCAGCACCAGAAAAUCCACACUGGAGAAAGGCCUUUUAAGUGCAGUGAAUGUGGGAAAUUCUUUCGGUACAACUCCACACUCGUUAGUCACCAGAGAGUUCACACUGGAUUAAGCCCUUAUGAAUGUAGCAAAUGUGGGGAAUUCUUUAAGUACAAUGCCAACUUCAUGAAACAUCAGAAACUUCACAAUGGAGAAAGGCCUUAUGAAUGUAGAGAAUGUGGAAAAUUCUUUAGGUACAACUAUAGACUCAUACGACACGAGAGGGUUCAUACUGGAGAAAGGCCUUAUGAAUGCAGCAAAUGUGGGAAAUUUUUCAGGUACAGCUCCACGUUCAUUAGACAUCAGAGAGUUCACACUGCAGAGAAGCCUUAUGAGUGCAACGAAUGUGGCAAGUUCUUUAGGUACAAUUCCACACUCAUUAAACAUCAGAGGGUUCACACUGGAGAAAGGCCUUAUGAGUGCAGGGAAUGUGGGAAAUUCUUUAGGUACACCUCUACGCUCAUUAGACAUCAAAGAGUUCACACUGGAGAGAGGCCUUAUGAGUGCAGCUUGUGUGGGGAAUUCUUUAGGUACAAGUCCAAACUCAUGAAACAUUGGCAAAAUCACACUGGAGAAAGGCCUUAUGAGUGCAGCGAAUGUGGGAAAUCCUUUAGGUACCACUGCAGACUCAUUAGACAUAAGAGAGUUCACACUGGUGAAAGGCCUUAUGAGUGCAGCGUGUGUGGGAAGUUCUUUCGGUACAACUCCAACCUUAUUAAACACUGGAGAAAUCACACUGGAGAGAGGCCUUAUGAGUGCAGUGAAUGCGGGAAAGCCUUUAGCCACAAGCAUAUACUUGUUGAGCAUCAGAAAAUCCACACUGGAGAAAGGCCGUAUGAGUGUGGCAAAUGUCAGAAGGCCUUCAUUAGAAAGUCCCACCUCAUUCAUCACCAGAAAAUCCACAAUGAAGACAGAUCUAUGAGCACCAUAAAUGUGGAGAAGGUUUUAGAUACAACUCCCACCCAUUAGUGGAGAAUUACACUCGUAAAGCAACUUGUAAAUGUGGAGAAUAUGGUGAAUCUUUUAGGUACCAUUUUAAGCUCAUUACCCUGGAGAAGCACCUUAGAAGUACAGUAAAACCUUGGUUUGAGAGUAUAAUUCCUUCCAGAAACAUGCUUGCAAUCCGGAGCACCCAUAUAUCAAAGCAAAUUUCAAGAACCACUGGCCCAGUUGUGAUCAUGGAAUGUUCAGCGUCACUUACUACUUGUAUUGCAAGACAUAGCUCGUUUAUCAAGUUAAAAUUCAUGAGAAAUAUUUGCUAGUCUUGAGCAAUAGUUGCAGAACAAGUUACUCACAAUCCAAGGUUUUGCUGGGUAGUGAACGUGGGAAAUUGUUUUGGUGCAGUUCGCCAUUCAUUAGACAUCAAGAGGUCACUGGAGGAAGACCUUGGAGUGUAGUCAGUGUGGUCUUUAGGUGCAACUCCAGCCCCAUUCCACUUCAGAGAAUUCACGAUGGAAGAACACCUUAUCUGUGCAACAAAUACGGGCGUUUGUUCAUCUAAAAGUCCAACCUCUUUUGGCCCCAAAAAGUUCACACCAGAGAACAUUGCAAAGGGGGAAAGACUUCAGCCAAAUACCGGCUCUCAUUUAUCCCUGGGAACCACUGUAAUAUAGUUCUUUAUUUUACAUGUGUGUUGUGCACACCUAGCACAGCUUACCCUGUCUCUGUGCACUUAGUAGUGUUAAAAAUUUUACACAUUUGUGCAACCUAUUUCCAGAAUUCCUUUCAUCUGGCAAAAUUGAAACUAGACCCACGAGACAAGCUUCUGCCCGCCACCCACCACACCUGGCAGCUAUGUUUUUAUACUGUGUCUCUAUGGAUUUGACUGCUCUGGAGACCUCAUGUAAGUGGAAUCAUACG